AUGCAAGAGCAGGAUAGCCUCUGCCGCUCGAAAUGUUCGAUCCCUGCUCUGUGUGACGGCUGCGGUCCCCUGGCAGCUUCACCCGUGGGCAGCCUCCCGUGCCCCGAGGGGGCGAGACCCAGUGGAGGUGCAGCCAACUGCAAAAGCGCCAAAACAUCCCCUCGCCCACCGCCCCGGUGCAAUUCCCGGCCCGUCGGUGGAUGCCCCGAGGCGAGCGGCAGCCUGAGCAUCCCCGAAGCGAAGGCGGUAGUUGCGUUUGUGAAACUGCUGAGCGCCUUUCUGGAAACGCUGUUGGUUCGAGUGGGGAAACGAAGUGCCCUGGCAGGGGGUGGUCAGCAGCCCCCGCCCCGCGUUACCGGCACCUGCCCUCGGGUCCCUCCUGCAGCCGAGCCCGGUGCGGGCGGCAGGACGGGGCGAGCCCCCCCGGGACCGCCGUGCACACAGGAUGACGUGCUGUUGGACAUGACCACGCUAAAGCCUCGCUCCAUCCCACGCCAGGGACACGCAUCCCCGGCCACGGGAGAGUCCCCUGAAGAGGAGAGAACUCAGAGGGCACCAGGAGAAAGGGAGAACCAGCACCUUGAGGUCGAGGGGCUUUCCAGAUGUGGCAAGACAGAUUUGAAGCCUUCGUGCAGGAACAGAACUUGCCCCACCUGCUCUGAAUGCUCAACCGCUUGUCUGUGGGCCUCCAGGCACACACCGCCAAUUUUGCUGUGAUAUUGUUCCACACCCAGUUUUUGUGCAUGGAAAACACAGGUGAAGAUGUCUACUCUGUUUGGAAGUUUAAAGACUACUUUCUGAAAUGCAGACCAAUGGAUUUUACUUCUCUUUCAUCAAGAGCUGCCUACUAGAAGGAAAAGAGUAGGAAGCACAAACACAUAAAAACAGAAAACAGCAGAUGUUUUGAAACAGCAGAUCCAACCCUAUUAGCAUCUUCCCGUGGUUUCUUUUUUGUUUUCUGAGCUUCAGCUUCAGAUAAGCAAAACUAGAUAAUGCAGAGUGUAAAACAGCAGUGGACAGCCUAGACCCACACAGCCUCAAUUAUUCUCUGGAGUUGUAAUAACAGGAGUUUAUCUCAAGGUGGUGGUGGGAGAAUAACAAAGAAUAAUCAAAAGGGGUGAAGGUAUGGCUUUUUCCACAGUCAUUGGUGCAGGAGAUUGUCCCGCCACCUCCACCAGAAGAAGAUGAGGAAGAGUGAAUAAUUUAUAUUACAGAAUUGUUUCAGUUUAUUUCCUUUUUUUCUCCAAGAAAUGUAUGAAAAGACUCCUUUACAAAAACCCACGGUUGUGUUAAGUGGCAUCUUAAGCAGGUCACAUUUUUCAGAAUAAUCAAACCUAAUCUGCCCCUCUCUUGGUUGAGUCCCCUGAUGCUGGUACGCAGAUCCCCAGUAUGCAGGAUGGCAGAGCCCUGCGCAGAGGCACACAGGGCAGUGGAAAAUUUAUCUGCUCUUUGGAAGGAGCUGCCACACCGGAGGUUUGAUGUAUUAUGUAGUAAUGCACAAGCCCUUCCACCAGACACUGACUGCUCCAGCCCUCUCAGAAGGAUUAAUAACCAUAUCACCCUGGUACUGCAGAGCCAGCUCAGACGCUGUAAUUCCCAGGGGCUGGACCACAACACUGAAAUUUUAUAUGAAGGAGUAAUCCAAGGUGCCGUGGACUGUAAAAUAUAGCAAGGUUCUUCUGGGAGAGGAUGGGUGACAGAUCCAGCGGGUACAGCUGUGGGUCUUGGGCAGUG